CAAAUUUAAAGCCGGGGCAAAAUUUAAACACCACCCUGUUUGUUAGGUAGACCAACCAUCUUCAGUGAUUCUUUUGUCGGAAUUCAUUUGCUCAAAAGAUAAUUGGUAGUUUCAGUUCAGAUGCUUAACGCCUUAGCCAUUUUUUGAAUUGUUUGAGUAAAUUGGAAAGGGAUGAGAUAAUGAAAGAGAAGAAUCCAACUGCUUCAAUUUUCAAGAAAGUAUUGUUGAAUUGUUCAGCUCAGGCGAAAGUGUAUGGCAGUUGUGUUGCAGCAAAGGUUCCAGAAGUAGAACGUGAUAUGUGCUUAAAAGAAUUCCUUCAAUUGAGGAACUGCAUGCAGAGUGUGCUAAAAAGAAAGGGUUGAAUAGUUAGAGUGAAAAGCAGCUGUUAAAUCAUGCAUGAAAAGUUGGGCAUAGUUUAGGUGUUUCUCAAGUCAGUAGUUCUACGUAGAGGAUAGUGAAACAUGUCAGCACAAGCAUCCUCUUCUCAGCCUUGUGGUUUUGGUAGUUCUGGUGCUCUAUCACAUGUGUAUAUUCAGUAUCCACCUUUAAGAUGCAAAAUCCCAGGAGCAAGAAAUAUUUUCUAUGAUGAUGGCACGAAACAGCUUAUUGUACCCACAUCUGAUCAGGUUUUCUCUUGGAAAACAAAUCCAUUUAAUCCAAAUGUGACUCAAUCCUCUGAUUUAAUAGGCGAAGGUCCAGUUUUGUCCAUUCGAUAUUCUUUAGAUUUAAAGCUUUUGGCUGUACAACGAUCCCCUCAUGAGGUUCAUAUCUGGAUCAGAGAGAGUGGGGAUACUUUUAGUCACAAGUGCAGGUCUGAGUCAGAAAGGAUUCUUGGAUUCUUUUGGACAGAUUUACCAACGUGUGAUAUUGUCUUUGUCAAGACCAGUGGACUGGAGUUAUUUUCGUGCAAUUCUGAAACAAGAUCACUUCAAUUGGCAGAGACUAAGAAACUGAAUGUGAGCUGGUAUGUCUAUACACAUGAAAGUAGAUUGGUGCUUCUUGCCACAGGAAUGCAAUGCAAGAGCCUUACAGGAUAUCAGAUUUCAUCCGUAGGAAUAGUCCGAUUGCCAAGGUUUGACAUGGCAAUGGCAAAAUCUGAGGCAAAUAGUAAGCCUGUCCUUGCCACAGAAGACGUUUAUAUAGUCACAGUUUAUGGUAGAAUUUAUUGCCUGCAACUUGAUAAAAUAGCAAUGCAGCUCCAUUGUUACAGAUUUUAUCGGGAUGCCGUGAUACAACAGGGUUCUUUGCCAGUUUAUUCCAACAAGAUUGCUAUCAGUGUGGUUGACAAUGUACUGCUUGUUCACCAAGUGGAUGCAAAGGUGGUUAUUAUAUAUGAUAUAUUUGCAGAUUCUCAAGCACCAGUUUCUGCUCCACUUCCAUUAUUAGUUAGAGGUUUCUCUAGAGCAAAUGCUGCAGCCUCUCAAUUGAUGGGCCGAAAUGAACAUCUGGAGGGGAAGGACUCAAAUCGUGGUGAAACAGUCAUCUAUGCAGAUGAGUGGGUAUUCCUUGUUCCAGACCUUAUAUGUGAUAUUGCCAAUGGAGUUUUGUGGAAGAUCCAUUUAGACCUGGAGGCCAUUUCUGCUAGCAGCUCGGAAGUGCAAACAAUCCUUGAAUUUUUUCAGAGGAGGAAACUGGAAGCAAAUAAGGCUAAACAGUUGUGUUUGACCAUGGCUCGGACAGUUAUUCUUGAACGACGACCUGUGCCCAUGGUCGCAAGGGUGAUAGAUGUCUUAGUCAACAGUUUCUCUCUUUCAAUAAAAACUGGAAAAUAUCACACAGGAUCAAAGGUGGAGAGAAGUUCAACAACCAGUGGUUCUAAUGUUAAUAGUGCUAUUGGUGAAUCCAUCAGUCAAGCAGAUACAUCUGAAAAGUCACUAAAACAAGAAAGCGGUAGUGGUAUGCACGGCAGAUCUAUUGUCAAAUCCUCUUCCUUUACUUCAGACUCUGAGGACAAUGUUAGCUUUGCAGAAAAUAGAGGCAAAUAUAAAAAUGUCGAUUUAUCUAGUAGUGAACGAAAUGGAGUUAACUUGGUGAGGACAGAUGUAUCUGGUGCUGCUCAAGCUCCUGGACCAGAUAGCACUCCCCUAAGAACUGAUGAACAGCAGGAGUCUCUGGUAGCUUCUGCUGCAAUAUCCCCAGAUGAUCUGUGCAGCUUUGUGUUUGCCCCUGUGGAGGAAGAGAUGGCGGGGGAUGCUUGUUACUUGGUUGCAAUCAUUGUUGAGUUCCUACGCAGUGCUAACCUGGAAAGGCUGAAAGUGCCUCUGAAUAUUUAUGUAUUGAUGAUACAACUGCUAGCACGGAAUGAAAAUUAUGCACAACUUGGAUUGUUCAUCAUGAAUAAGAUAAUUGAGCCCUCAAAAGAAGUUGCAAUGCAACUACUAGCAUCAGGCAGGCAGAAUUUUCAAACAAUGAAGUUGGGCCUCGAUAUGCUCAGAGAGCUUGCAUUACAUCAUGACUAUGUCUUGCUACUUGUUCAAGAUGGAUAUUAUCUUGAAGCUUUACGUUAUGCCCGGAAAACUAAGGUGAAUACUGUUCAGCCGUCACUGUUUCUUGAGGCAGCUUAUGCUUCGAAUGACUCGCAACACCUGGCUGCAGUUCUAAGAUUUUUCUCAGACUUCAUUCCUGGGUUUAAGAGUACUACUGACCACCAAACUUAUAGCCGUUGUCUCACCGAGAUGAAUUCAGUGGUUACUGCUUGAGGCACCUUGACAUAAAUCAACAAGUUGAACACUUCGUUCCCCCUUGAAGACCAAUUUAGUAUUGAAUGUCAAGGUUUUGAAAGAUGGCUUUGUGGAUUCAUGCAAGCACAGUAGAGCCAGAUAUUGCGGGUAACUUGUACUAAACAGCCAUUAAUAAGCUUCAGCUUUUUGGAUGACUUGUAACAUGUACUACAGAUAUUAGUUUGAAAUGCUGAGGUCCUAAGGACUAGUAAGACGGAGAUGUAAUAGUCGUACUCCUUUUUCGUGUAAUGACACUCCCUGCUGCUUUUUUUUUUC